GGCGCGCGCCCCGGCGCCGCAGAGCAUGACCCCCGCGGGCCGGCGCCGCGCGCUCUGAGCCGCCGGGACCCCGCGCUCCCGCAGCCAUGGGCGCCCGGGCCGGGCGGGGGGCGGCCGCCGCGCCGCUGCUGCUGGCGGUGGCCGCGCUGCUGCUGGGUGCCGCGGGCCACCUGUACCCCGGAGAGGUGUGUCCUGGCAUGGAUAUCCGGAACAACCUAACGAGGCUGCAUGAGCUGGCCAACUGCUCGGUCAUUGAAGGACAUUUGCAGAUACUGUUAAUGUUCAAAACGAGGCCCGAGGAUUUCCGAGACCUCAGUUUCCCCAAACUCAUCAUGAUCACUGAUUACUUGCUGCUCUUCCGGGUCUAUGGGCUGGAGAGCCUGAAGGACCUGUUCCCCAACCUCACGGUCAUCCGGGGCUCGCGCCUCUUCUUCAACUAUGCGCUGGUCAUCUUCGAGAUGGUCCACCUGAAGGAGCUUGGCCUCUACAGCUUGAUGAACAUCACCCGGGGCUCUGUCCGCAUCGAGAAGAACAAUGAGCUCUGCUACCUGGCCACCAUCGACUGGUCCCGCAUCCUGGAUUCUGUGGAGGAUAAUUAUAUCGUGCUGAACAAAGACGACAACGAGGAGUGUGGGGACAUCUGUCCAGGCACUGCCAAGGGCAAGACCAACUGCCCUGCCACUGUCAUCAAUGGGCAGUUUGUCGAGCGGUGUUGGACACACAGCCACUGCCAGAAAGUUUGUCCGACCAUCUGCAAGUCGCAUGGUUGCACCGCCGAGGGCCUCUGCUGCCACAGCGAGUGUUUAGGCAACUGCUCCGAGCCCGACGACCCCACCAAGUGCGUGGCCUGUCGCAACUUCUACCUGGAUGGCAGGUGCGUGGAGACCUGCCCGCCCCCGUACUACCACUUCCAAGACUGGCGCUGCGUGAACUUCAGCUUCUGCCAGGACCUGCACAACAAAUGCAAGAACUCCCGGAGACAGGGCUGCCACCAGUACGUCAUCCACAAUAACAAGUGCAUCCCCGAGUGCCCCUCUGGCUACACGAUGAAUUCCAGCAACCUGAUGUGCACUCCGUGCCUGGGCCCCUGUCCCAAGGUCUGCCACAUUCUGGAAGGCGAGAAGACCAUCGACUCAGUGACGUCUGCCCAGGAGCUUCGAGGCUGCACUGUUGUCAACGGAAGUCUAAUCAUCAACAUUCGAGGGGGAAACAACCUGGCGGCUGAGCUGGAGGCCAACCUCGGACUCAUUGAAGAGAUUUCCGGGUACCUGAAAAUCCGGAGAUCCUAUGCUCUUGUGUCUCUUUCCUUUUUCCGGAAGUUACGGCUGAUUCGAGGGGAGACCUUGGAGAUCGGGAACUACUCUUUCUAUGCCUUGGACAACCAGAACCUAAGGCAGCUAUGGGACUGGAGCAAACACAACCUCACCAUCACUCAGGGGAAACUCUUCUUCCACUAUAAUCCCAAACUCUGCUUGUCUGAGAUCCACAAGAUGGAGGAAGUCUCAGGAACCAAGGGGCGCCAGGAGAGGAACGACAUUGCCCUGAAGACCAACGGGGACCAGGCGUCUUGUGAAAACGAACUACUUAAAUUUUCUUACAUUCGGACGUCUUAUGACAAGAUCUUGCUGAAAUGGGAGCCCUACUGGCCCCCCGACUUCCGAGACCUCCUGGGGUUCAUGCUCUUCUACAAAGAGGCCCCUUAUCAGAAUGUGACCGAGUUUGAUGGGCAGGAUGCGUGUGGCUCCAACAGCUGGACGGUGGUGGACAUUGACCCACCUCUGCGGUCCAACGACCCCAAAUCGCAGAACCACCCGGGGUGGCUGAUGCGGGGUCUCAAGCCCUGGACCCAAUAUGCCAUCUUUGUCAAGACCUUGGUCACCUUUUCUGAUGAACGCCGCACGUAUGGAGCCAAGAGUGACAUCAUCUAUGUGCAGACAGAUGCCACUAGUAAAUCCUUCCGUCCCCUGGAUCCAAUCUCGGUUUCGAAUUCCUCGUCCCAGAUUAUUCUGAAGUGGAAGCCUCCCUCUGACCCCAAUGGCAAUAUCACACACUACCUGGUUUUCUGGGAGAGGCAGGCCGAAGACAGUGAGCUCUAUGAGUUGGAUUAUUGCCUCAAAGGGUUGAAGCUGCCCUCCCGGACCUGGUCUCCGCCGUUCGAGGCCGAGGGCUCCCAGAAGCACAACCAGAGUGAAUACGAGGAGUCUGCCGGCGAAUGCUGCUCCUGCCCCAAAACGGACUCUCAGAUCCUCAAGGAGCUAGAGGAGUCCUCUUUUAGGAAGACGUUUGAGGAUUACCUGCACAACGUGGUGUUCGUCCCCAGAAAAUCCUCUUCGAGCCCUGGUGCUGAGGACACUAGGCCGUCGAGGAAACGCAGGGCGCUCAGUGAUGCUGGCAACGUGACAGCAGCUAUACCCACAGUUCCCGGUUUCCCCAACACCUCGACCAGCGCGCCCACGAGCCCGGAGGAGCACAAGCCCUUCGAGAAAGUGGUGAACAAAGAAUCCCUGGUCAUCUCCGGUCUGCGCCACUUCACUGGCUACCGCAUCGAGCUGCAGGCUUGCAACCAAGACUCCCCCGAGGAGAGGUGCAGCGUGGCGGCCUAUGUCAGCGCCAGGACCAUGCCUGAAGCCAAGGCAGACGACAUCGUUGGCCCCGUGACCCACGAAAUCUUCGAGAACAAUGUCGUUCACUUGAUGUGGCAGGAGCCAAAGGAACCCAAUGGUCUGAUUGUGCUUUAUGAAGUGAGUUACCGACGGUAUGGCGAUGAGGAGCUGCACCUGUGUGUCUCCCGGAGGCAUUUUGCUCUGGAGCGUGGCUGCAGGCUACGCGGGCUGCCUCCGGGGAAUUACAGCGUGCGAGUCCGGGCCACCUCCCUGGCGGGCAAUGGCUCCUGGACAGAAGCCACCUACUUCUACGUGACAGACUAUUUAGAUGUCCCAUCGAAUAUUGCAAAAAUUAUCAUCGGCCCCCUCAUCUUUGUCUUUCUCUUCAGUGUUGUGAUUGGAAGUAUUUACCUGUUCCUGAGAAAGAGGCAGCCGGAUGGGCCACUGGGACCGCUGUAUGCUUCUUCAAACCCUGAGUACCUCAGUGCCAGUGAUGUGUUUCCAUGUUCUGUGUAUGUGCCGGACGAGUGGGAGGUGCCGCGGGAGAAGAUCACCCUCCUGCGCGAGCUGGGGCAGGGCUCCUUCGGCAUGGUGUACGAGGGCAACGCCAGGGACAUCGUCAAGGGCGAGCCCGAGACCCGCGUGGCCGUCAAGACCGUCAACGAGUCUGCCAGCCUGCGAGAGAGGAUCGAGUUUCUCAACGAGGCAUCAGUCAUGAAGGGCUUCACCUGUCACCACGUGGUCCGCCUCCUGGGGGUGGUGUCCAAAGGCCAACCGACGCUGGUGGUGAUGGAGCUGAUGGCUCACGGAGACCUGAAGAGCUACCUCCGCUCCCUGCGGCCGGAGGCUGAGAAUAACCCCGGCCGCCCUCCGCCUACCCUGCAAGAGAUGAUUCAGAUGGCGGCGGAGAUCGCCGACGGGAUGGCCUACCUGAACGCCAAGAAGUUUGUGCACCGGGAUCUAGCAGCCCGAAACUGCAUGGUCGCCCACGAUUUCACUGUCAAAAUUGGAGACUUUGGGAUGACCAGAGACAUCUAUGAGACGGAUUACUACCGGAAAGGAGGCAAGGGUCUGCUCCCCGUGCGGUGGAUGGCACCGGAGUCCCUGAAGGACGGGGUCUUUACCACUUCUUCUGACAUGUGGUCCUUUGGCGUGGUCCUUUGGGAAAUCACCAGCUUGGCAGAGCAGCCUUACCAAGGCCUGUCUAAUGAACAGGUGUUGAAAUUUGUCAUGGACGGAGGGUAUCUGGAUCAACCUGACAAUUGUCCGGAGAGAGUCACUGACCUGAUGCGCAUGUGCUGGCAGUUCAAUCCCAAGAUGCGGCCCACCUUCCUGGAGAUCGUCGACCUGCUCAAGGAUGACCUGCACCCCAGCUUUCCAGAAGUUUCCUUCUUCCACAGCGAGGAGAACAAGGCACCCGAGAGCGAGGAGUUGGAGAUGGAGUUUGAGGACAUGGAGAGUGUCCCCCUGGAUCGGGCCUCACACUCUCAGCGGGAGGAGGCCGGGGGCCGGGAUGCAGGGUCCUCGCUGGGCCUAAAGCGGAGCUACGAGGAGCACAUCCCCUACACUCACAUGAACGGGGGCAAGAAAAAUGGACGGAUUCUGACUCUGCCAAGGUCGAAUCCUUCCUAACAGCGCCUGUCUUGGGGGAGGGGAUCCCGUCUUCACUUUCCUCUGCUUUGAAGGCCUCCAGAAAACUCAGGAUUCUCAUACGAAUCUGCCACAGUGUCAAACGGAGCUCAGAGAUCAUUACUAUCCAUUGCUGUUCAUCUAUGACUUAAAAACACAUUUGUUUGAUUGCCAAUUUGACUAGCUGUCGGAGAAUUUAACUGUGACCCUGGAAGAGAAGGGGUUUCCUUGGCUGCUGUCCUUGUAGACAACUGAGGUUUUAAGCCAGGAUGUUACUUUUUUUUUUUUUUUUUUAGUAGAUUGAAAGCAAGCACCUGUUUUUACAAAUCUCUUUUUUCUUUUCUUUUUUUUUUUCUUUUUUUCUUUUUUCCUGGUAUCUGAGCUACAGUAUAAAGCAUAAAACUUGUUUGUGGAACAAAAGUUUGAAAGAAAGAAAAAAAAAAAAAGCCAACCCUGUUCCAGUAGAAUUUCAGGCUUUACAGAGCGGGCUUUGGGAAGGUUUUUCUCAUCCAGGCUGAAGGAUUUUUUUUUUUCUUCACAAAAAUCAGUUCCUCAAAUUGACCAAUAGCUGCUGCUUUUAUACUUUUGAUAAGGAUCUGCAGUCCCAGCGUGUGGCUCACGUGUGUCUGUGUGUAUAUGUGUGUGUGUAUGUCCAGGCUAGACAUGGCUGGUGUGUGUGUGUAUGUGCACACAGUCAUGCGUGUGCAAAGUGUUCAUGCCGAGUUGAUGCUUUGGGGGUCGGCUCAUGAAGGUUCUGUUCUUCUCGAGCUCCUGAUCCUCCCAUCUCCUUCCUUCUUAUUUACUGGGAGACUGUGCCCUCCACAGAUUCUUCUGCCCCAAGCCUAGUCUCAGGAGUCUUUUCUCCCUUAACUUUGGUGAAAAAUGUUUUCCGGGAGCCAAGGGAGUAGUUUGGAGUGAUAGUGGAUCUUUUCAAGACCAAACAAAGCUAGGACAUAAAAAAAGAAAAAAAAAAAAAAGAAAAAAAAAAAGAACUGAGAUGAUUAAGAGUUUUGAGGAUAUAUUGUAACAUAUUUAAUUUUUUAAAACUCUCCAACGUCAGCCUCAUAAGUUAUUACCCUGUUUCCUGGGGUGGGGGGAGGGCUUGUGGAUUGGUCUGCCUGUGUGCAGAGGGGGUGCGUGCGAGGCACCAGUGGCUGAUUUGUUUGGUCUUAAAGGCAUCCACUUUUCUGGGAAUAAAGCCACAUUAGCUGCUGACCCUUUUGGACGUGAUGAGGCCAUGCUGAGGGUGUGGGCCAUUGGGUUUGGUGGAUGGUUUGAUUUCUGUUUGGGUAAGCCGAUAGCCACUUGGAGCUGAGUCCUGCCUUCAGACAUACUUGUGGCUCUUGGAUCUGUUGGUUCCUUGUGUGUACCUCGCACGCUUCCUCAACUGGGUGUGCACAGCCUACAAUUAUUGCGCAAACAACCGAAUCAAAUCCCAAAGUGCGACAGCCCAGAUGGACUUUGAGAACACUAAGCAAUAUGAAGCGAGAUGCACCUGUUGGUCCCCUCCACCCUCAGGGCAUCCAACUGUCCUCAGAGAUGACCUCCCAGAAGCUGCUCUGUGCCCAGUGACCUCAGCUGGGCCAGAUGUGGGGCCUGAGCAGAACUCUCAGGUGCUUAUGAUGUUGCAGUCCCCAAGAGAGUAGAGCCUGGAGGAGAAACUGCUAAGGACCUUCACGCCACCGAGAACUUCUGAAUGGGCGUGAAUCCAGUUUCUUCCCUUUGGGGGAAAGAAUCACAGCUGCUCAAAUAAAGAACAUGGUGAACUCAUUACCUUGGUUCAUCAAAAUCAUCACCCACGGGUUAUCCCUGAGAGCAUUUUCUCAUGAGUUUUUGAUUGCUUCCUUCUCCUCUUCUCUUAAAAGUUGUGGGCUUAAGAACAGGAUAGAGACAAUGGCGACCUCUGAACCUUCUUGAUUAAGAACACAGGUAGACAUAAAUCCCAAUUGCCUAUUACUCUCUUAUUUAUAUGAUUUGAGAAAUUACAGCACAUGAAAUAUUUCUGGGGAGCCUCAAUGAUUGGGUACAAGGAACAAGAGUACAGAAAUUAUUUUCGCCAAAUUUAUUUUGUACAUAUAAGAGGGUCUGUACGUAAAUUGAAAACAUGUAGAUCUAGGUAUUUUGUUCUUUUCAUAGUAAAUUUGUAGUGGCCAUAUACGAAACUAGCAACAAUUUUCACAUUUUUCUAAUUCAGAAAGGUUUUCUUAUAUUAGGGGAAAAUUAUUUAUUUUAAUAUAUAAAAAAUCACUGUAAAAAUCACUUUCGUAAAAAAAAUGGAGUGCAUGUAAAUUUUUAUCAAAAGAAAAAUAAACAGGUGAAUGUGG